GCAUUUCUAUCCGUUGGCGUCCUGGCGACACCACCUUCCACUUCCACCUAGACCUAGCGCGCCGCGAAUCCCCGCGCCCAUCCGGCAGCCCGAUUUUUGUUUCCCUCCACGGGGGAGCUUUUCAAUUUCGAUCCCCGUGCCGUAUCCCGCGCGGCGCCCCUGCGGCCCUGCCCCGCCCCCAUUUCCGCCGCAACCAUCCUGCUGUGCUGGAUCUCUCGCGCCUUCGCUCUCCGCCGCCGCUUCCGCCGGGAGCCGUCGCGGCCCGCAGGUGGUUCCGGAGGCUCCGAUCCGGUGACGCUCGCGCUUCAGGGCCUUGUGCUCUUAUGAGCGCCAAUGCAAGCCAAUAACAAGCUGCCACGGGUCAACUGGCCACAGCAUGCAAAUGCUAUCGAAGGCUCCUCUAGCAAAGAUGACUUUCUGAGUUCAAGUUUUCUGUUCUCUUUGCCAACUCAAAGGCCUAAUACAGAAGCAAAUCGCGAGGGAAUGCUUUCUCUAAGGUCUUCUGCGUGUAAAAUUCAAGGCCCAGAGCGUCUUCAAGUUCCGUGGAUCGAGAAGGCCUGGCGUUCUCUGUGCAACACUCAGGUUGCCUGCAAGGUCUAUUUAAGACCUGGUUUAUCUGCAAAAGUGAAAGUCUGUGAUAGGGGUCAUGCUCCCACGUAUGGAGGAGGCACAUAUAACAUUAACAAAAUGCCCACUGUGCCAGGAAAUAGGGUGCUCUCUCAGGAAAGCACACACCAACCCAGUGAAAGUGGUCGCGUGGAGAACAAUCCCAGCCAUCAACCUGCUGGCAUUGACUCCUCUACAAGGACUUACCAGAGCAACCAUGUGGUGCAGGCAGAUAUAAUGAGAGCAACAAAUCAGUACAAUUUUCUAAGAACUGAUGCUGAACUACACCAGUCUGCUCCAGUUGCUGAUAGCAUGCGCACUGACUAUAACUUAGAUGCCAUGGAUGAUGAUGAUAUUCUGGCGAGUAUUGACGUGGACCGUAUAGUUAUGGAACAUUAUCAAGCAACAAGUACACCCAGAGGAUCCGCAUCCCAUAACAUUUCAACUCCACCAGGAAACAAGUGUACCUUCAAUGGCGUGGACGAAACUAAUUUACCACAAGAACUCUCUGAACUAUGUAACCAUCAGUGCAAGCUAGCUUUUUGCCCAGAGGCAAUGGUUCAUUUGCAGGAGAUGAAGGAUGAGCUGAUUGCAGUAGCCAAUGAACUACUUGACGAUGAUGGUGAACUCAAUCUUCAACGUUCCGAAGAGCUUCGUAAAAAACGAUUGCAACUUAAGAAACAGAUUCAGCUACUUGAGGAGUAUAUGAUGAGGUCAGCCCAAGAUGAAGAGAGACAGAGAUCACACUCUAUGGCCUCCACAGCAGCUAUACAGGGGCAUGUUCCCCCUAUGACCCCAGGAAGCACUUUUACAAUGGAUAGCAAUAGGUUCCAAUCUCAGGUUUACAUCAGAAAUGGACCUGGCAAUAGUGAUUUAUGCUAUUCUCCUGCCCCAUAUUCCUGUUCAGAUAAUCUAAGCACGCCAUUGAAUUCUGUAUGGAGAGAAUAUACCCCAAAGGUUAUCGAUAUUAAUUACACUGAAGGUUCUGAUGAUAAAAAAUGGAGUAGUACAAAUUUCCCAUGGACUAAGGAACUUGAGGCCAAGAACAGAAGUAAGUUUGGAAACCGUUCUUUCCGUCCAAACCAGCGAGAAAUAAUCAAUGCCACAAUGAGUGGGAAUGACGUUUUUGUUUUGAUGCCGACUGGUGGCGGGAAAAGUUUGACAUAUCAGCUUCCAGCACUUAUUAGUGAGGGCUUAACCUUAGUAGUUUGCCCUCUAGUCUCACUCAUAGAAGACCAGAUCAUGCACUUGUCACAGGCAAAUAUUCCUGCAACUUAUCUGAGUGCCAGCGUCGAAUGGUCUGAACAGCAAGAGAUCUUAAGGGACUUAAUGUUAUGCCACUACAAGUUGUUGUAUGUCACUCCAGAGAAAAUAGCUAAGAGUGAUACUCUAUCGAGACUAUUGAACAAUUUAUAUUCACAAGGGCACCUCUCUAGAAUUGUUAUUGAUGAAGCUCAUUGUGUAAGCCAGUGGGGUCAUGAUUUCCGACCUGAUUACAAGAACUUAGGUGUUCUAAAACAACAUUUCCCCAAGACACCAGUCCUGGCCUUGACUGCAACAGCAACUGCCAGGGUUAAGGAAGAUGUUGUACAAGCUUUAGGCCUUGCAAACUGCAUUGUUUUCAGGCAAAGUUUUAAUCGUCCAAAUCUAAGGUACUUCUUAAGGCCCAAGACAAAGAAAUGCCUCGAGGACAUUGAUAACUUUAUCUGCACAAAUCAUUUUAAAGAAUGCGGCAUCAUAUAUUGCCUUUCAAGAAUGGAUUGUGAAAAAGUGGCAGACAAACUGAGGGAAUAUGGGCACAAUGUAUCACACUACCAUGGUAGCAUGGAUCCUGUGGAUAGAACACAUGUACAGAAGCAAUGGAGUAAGGAUAGAAUCAACAUAAUCUGCGCUACAGUUGCAUUUGGAAUGGGUAUCAAUAAACCUGAUGUUCGCUUUGUUAUUCAUCAUUCCCUGCCCAAGUCAAUUGAAGGAUAUCAUCAGGAGUGUGGACGUGCUGGUAGAGAUGGGCAACCUUCCUCUUGUGUGCUAUAUUACCAGUAUUCUGACUAUAUUCGGGUCAGACACAUGCUUACUCAAGGAGUUGCAGAGCAAACAGUAACACCACGUGGAGGCUAUUCGAAUUCACAUGAGCAAGCACUUAAGACACACAAGGAGAAUCUCUUACGCAUGGUCAGUUUCUGCGAAAACGAUGUGGACUGCAGGCGUCUACUUCAACUGGUCCAUUUUGGAGAGAGGUUUGAUCCUUCACUUUGUGGAAAAACCUGUGAUAACUGCUUGAAAGAGUUGGAAUGGGUCGAGAAAGAUGUCACCAAUAUUGCUAGGCAAUUAGUUGAGCUUGUCACAAUGACAGGACAGUCACAUUCAUCUUCUCACAUUCUUGAAGUUUACAGAGGAUCUGUGAGCCAAAAUGUCAAGAAGCAGCGGCAUGAUGCUUUACCUUUUCAUGGAGCUGGGAAGCAUCUAGCCAAAGGUGAGGCGGCAAGGAUAAUGCGGCAUUUAGUAACUGAGGGAAUACUUAUUGAGGAUGUGAAAAGGAGUGGCAACAUAUACGGAUCAAUUUCAUCUGUCCUAAAGGCUAAUCAAUUGAAAGCUAGUGAACUUCGCUCUGGCAAACACAGCAUUGUCCUGAAGUUCCCUGCACCUGAUAAGGCCUCUAAGAUGGGAAAACUUGAUGUGUCAUCAUUUCCACAAAUCAAUAAAACUGCUCAUCAACAAAGCGAAGUUGACGAGAAUCUUGCUUCGAUGCUCUUCGAUGCUUUAGUUACCCUUAGGGAACAGAUAAUGGAUGAGUGUAACGAAGGAUACCAUGCGUACCACAUAUUCAAAAAGGACACCCUGAAGGAAAUGAGCAUCCGAGUACCAAGGACAAAAGAAGAGCUUUUGGAGAUAAACGGCAUUGGCAAGGCAAAAGUCAAGAAGUACGGGGACCGUGUGCUGGCAACCAUCGAGGACUUCCUCAUCAAACACCCAAAUCCAAGGCGAAACAGCAGUGGCAGUGGCAGUGGCAGCAACGAGCACACCGAGGCAGCCAAGAAGCGGAGAGGCUUCACUGCCAGCUAUGCGGGACGCAACGGCGAGGAUGACUUCGAAGAACGCUCGGUUCAGACCAAGAAGCGCCUGGCAAAGACGCGGAGCACAAACCAGGGGGUAUCCAAUGCUGCGAGCAUGGUCCAUGGUGCCCGCUGUAUGGACGCUGAUCUGGAUGGAGUUGAGGUGUUGGAGUUGGACGACGAGCAGUGCAGCGUCCAGAAGCCUGUGGCUUCUGGCAGGGUUCUGCCGAAGUGGGCGCCGGCCAAAGCCAAGAGCAGUAGCGUUCCCCCUUCUAACUUAUUCCAAGAGUUUGGAUACGUGAAGUAAGCAUUGUAGGGUACCAGUAGGAAUGUAGGAUGGCCAACCAGGACACUUGUUAGGGAUCUCGCAUCUCUUCCACAUAGCUUCAUCGAGCACAUGUAGCAAGCUACUAGUGUGAACGGCUUCUGUGAUGGAAGCCCUGUAAAAAUAUAUGUGCCACUGCAGCGAGUGAUAGACUUGUAUAUAGGAAUUCAGGAACAAUGCCUUGUACUUCCGUACUUCAUGAAUCAUGUCUCAUGUCUGGUGCAUGAGAACUUAGUAGCUCACUGUAGUACUAUAAGUAGCAGCAGCAUGCAGCUGAGAGUAGCGUAAGCAGUUCUGUUACUUUACGGACGGCAUCGCGAUAGUUGCAGUGCAGAGCUUACUUCGCCCAACAAAUACGCGCUACUAUAAAUGAAGGAACAAAAAGCAUGCAACAAGGCAUAUGAGGACGAUUGCCUAAAUCAUGUACGAUGUGUGUGUGUGUGUGUGUGUGUGUGUGUGUGUGUGUGUGUGUGUGUGUGUGUGUGUGUGUUUUAAUUUAUGUCAUGAAUGUAGUGCUAGAAUUUAAGUGCAAAAUUUGUGCGAUUGUUGACCACCUUUUGAUUUAAAACAUUUGGAUUUGAUAUUA